AUGAUUUCCUCUGCCUGGACAUGGGCAACCAACACCAAGAACAUCCGACGCAACAGCAUCCAUGGUGAGGAAGAAGCCAACCUCAUCUUGGAUGAGGCCUUUGAGGCCAAUGACCAGACCACCAACGAAACCACGAUGCAAGGUGGAACGGAUGUGCAGGAAGACUCCGGCUUCCUCCUCGAGGGCGAUGUGCCGGACAUCGAGUCCAAUGCUGCAGCCAUCGCCAGUGGCCAGGCCAAUGGUGCAGCAGCAGCAUCCUCUGCGCAGGACAAGCUGAAGAAGAUCGGUGGCACACGGGCGCAGACGCUGAGGGAUCAGCUCGAGACGAUUCUGUCGAGUAUGCGGGAGCUCUUCAACAAGCUGACUGUGAAGCAGCCCUUCUCAGACUCGUUGCUUCGCUUGUUUGCGGAGACGACGAAGCAAGACCUGAUUAUGAACAACUAUGUCGUGAGGGCAAGGUCUGUGAAAGGUGGUGCUGGCUCAUCUACUGACAAGCCAGCCAAGAAGGAGAAGAGCAAGCCCAAGAACAGUGGCAAAGCCAAGAAGGACAAGAAGGAUAAAAAAUCUAAGUCGGCAAAGGAGAAGAAGGACAAGAAGGUAGGAAGUAGAAAAGCCGUGCAGCAGAUCAAUGGGGAGAUGAGCCGACCGACGAUGACCUGGCUGAUGAGCUUCUUGUGGGCUUUGAAGCUGGGGCCAAUCGUGCGGCAAGCAGUUCAGCAUAGCUUCUGGGAGAGGAACUCCCUGGCAAGCCGCAUGCUGUUCACAGUGAUCCCUUCAGAAACAUAUUGGGGGGACCGGACCAUCGACACUCUGCUCGCUGCCCUGGCCAAAGACCUCGGAGAGCUUUAUGAGAAUGGGGUAUGUGUAUCACAUAAAGGCCGCAGAAUGAUCGUGCGAUUGGUAUUGAUCGGAGUGAAAGGUGAUUGGCCAUUUUUGCGGAAGGCCAUGAGGCUCAAGACUGGAUUUACAUCCACAAGAAAGUGCCAUUUAUGCAACACAGAAUCCUAG